AUGGCUACAAGAAAUCCUACAGAAUUCAAACGGUUUGUUUAUCGUUCGCCUGAUAAAAAUAAUCAAGCUUAUUUAAUACCAAAAAAUGAAUCUAGAUCUCGUAUUUCAUCAAAAAUCAUAGAAUCACAGACAUUCCCAUCAACAAAAGUACUACAAUCUUCAUCACCGAUGAAACUUUCACCAACACCACAAACAACAUCAAUCAAUAUGAAUACACCACGUACAGAAAUAACACCGGCACGACGUGUCGUUGUUGUACGUAAUUCAAAUAAUCCUCAAGUUAAGGGAGGACCAGUUGAUAUAGGUAAUUUUGGACAACCUGAUUCACCAAGAAUUCUUCCAAUACUUACUGAUGGAAAUAAAUCAAUUUAUCUUAUGCGACGUUCCAUUGCACGACCAAAACCAGUUGAUUAA